UUAAUUCCUCCAGUCUUGAACAGAUUCGACGCAAUUACGAUUAACGAUAUCUUCGCCUGCCCUCGACCACGGCGAAAGGAAAGCCUGCAUUCAGAUUGUGCUGCGCUGUGCGAUCACCUUUGCCAACCACCCAUUCCAUCUGUCAACGUCGUCCGUCGUCAUCCACGCCGCAAACCCUAGGCUGUCAACUACACCGACCCGCACUCUACCCCACAGCCUCUACCUCCUCUUCGCACGGUCGACGUCUCUGAGAAGGCUGCCUUCAUUUCCUACCUCUACGCGACCGAAUCCGAGAUGGCUGGGACGCGUAAUUAUGACUUCCUGAUCAAGCUGUUGCUAAUUGGGGACUCGGGUGUGGGCAAGUCCUGCUGCCUUUUGCGAUUCAGUGAAGAUUCCUUUACACCCUCGUUCAUCACAACCAUAGGUAUCGACUUCAAGAUCCGGACAAUUGAACUGGAUGGGAAGCGAGUCAAGCUGCAGAUAUGGGACACGGCGGGACAAGAAAGAUUCAGAACCAUUACAACCGCUUACUAUAGAGGUGCUAUGGGCAUAUUACUGGUCUACGAUGUCACCGAUGAGCGCUCUUUCAACAAUAUCCGAACUUGGUUCUCAAACGUAGAGCAACAUGCUACAGAAGGCGUGAACAAGAUCCUUAUUGGAAAUAAGUGUGAUUGGGAAGAUAGACGUGUAGUAUCCACGGAACGGGGUCAAGAAUUGGCGGACGAGCUCGGCAUCCCCUUCCUCGAGGUCUCAGCGAAGAGCAACAUCAAUGUUGAGAAGGCAUUUUACAGCUUGGCGGGAGAUAUCAAGAAGAGGAUCAUCGACACGGCGAAAACAGAUUCAUCGGCUCAAGGAGGCGUCGAUGUUGGAGCGCAAGGAACUGGAAGUGGGUUUGGAGGAGGCAAGUGCUGCUAGAUAAUGGGUUGAUGAGGGGUCAAGCUUUCCGUUUGUUUAAGAGCAGAUUAUGGGCGGAGUUUGGUCGUAUCAUAUUGUAUUACAAUGUUAAGGCGUGCCUUUUGCGAGUCAUGUUCAGUCUCAGGUCAUGCUGGGAUGCCACGGCAUAUUUAAAUCAGCAUUUGUGAAAGGGCAUCCAAGCUUGGUGCUACCACAGGAUUUCUGCAUUUAUUAUAGGAAUUGGCUCAUCUCCUGGGUUGUGUUGGCGGUUCAUAGGAAACGGACGCCGAUGCCAUUCCCUGACAAAUCUCCGAGCUUCGUUGCGGUCCCUGAAGGAGAUCACAUACCUCGAUGGUCUUCGAUAUUCUUCCUUCUUCCGAGCCCGAUACGCUUCGACGGACUCUUCGGUC